AUGAAGUCGCUCGACUCGGGUAUUUUGAGCCCACUGGCGGACUCUGGACCCGCACUGGCCACGUACGACUCUGAGACUCUUCCUCGCCUCUCACUCGACACGCCUGGACUUUCCACGUCAGCUUUUACCCCGCAACCACCUGUUCAAUUGAGGGUAUCCAUCGCUGUCGAUCCAGAGCAGCAUCACGAGAAAUUGAUCAAGGCCAGGCUCCACCUCGUUCUUGUGCUGACUGCCCUCGUACAAUUGCCGGAUGGUCGUGAGACCUGGGUAGAGCAGUGCCGGACAGAGUUCCUAUCAUUGGGGAAGGGUCGACUGGAGAGCCACUUUGUCAAAUCAUUGCCUCUACAGAUACAGGAGAACUUUCUCGUCAUCGGGUUUACCCUUCUGGUCGUCCCUCCCCCCAACACAAGUCCCAAAGUUCUCGAAGCAUUCCCUGCACUUGACGGCUUGCUCCCUUGGGCAGAGACCUCCGUCGCGAUUGAGCAUUUUGUGGUUGGUUCAGGCAAUUCCACCCACAAGGUCAUCUCCGACAACGGUACAUACCCCAAGGUGCCACUUUUGAAGGCUAUUGCAGAGAAGCGUCGUGUCGGACCUUUAUUCUCUCAAACAUACUAUGGACACUCUGUCCGAGGGACCCCGCUCUACGGUCGCGAGCAUCUGUACGAGUCACCGCUGGCGUUCGCUUUGCCCAUAAAGUUGCUCCAAUUCCUGGCCCAAGAUGAGAAGCGAAUGCUAGAGGAACUCGAGAAGGAGCCUGACACGUCUCUAUCCGACCUUGUUCAAGCAGUACCGCUCGACCAUCGUCCAAAUCCUAUCACACGUGGUGUUAGCUUUAUGGAGACGUUACGGAGAGGUGCCACGCGGCCGAGCUCAUCCAACAGAGAGCAAGUGGCCAAAUCGACUAAGGCUCGACAAUCUGGGCUUUCGGAGGAGGAUUCUCACCUUCAGAAACUACUACGACAGCAGAUCAGCGCCCACAGGAACAUAGAGGUUUAUUAUCAGAACAUGGUCGCCAAGAUGGAGCAGAAGCUGAAGGAAAACAUAGAGGUCGGCCAGGGACCGUUCCGCAGGAGCCCCGAGAAGAAGGACGAGUCCGUUCAAUGGGCCCCACUGAACUGUUGCGUGCAGGAGCUUCUUGUCCAUGACGAUGGAUAUCAAACAAACUAUCAGACCACGACAGCCGGGGCGGCAGCAGCGCACAGUACAGGAUUCUCUCGAGGUUCUGGUGGCUCGAGGCUGGGCAAAGCUCCGUCUUUUGGUGCCUUCUGGGACAAGCAGGAGAAAGGAUUCGACCUCAAGCGCGAUUUCCGAGCUCUUCAGGACGUCUUGGACAGCUGCUCCAGCGAAUUCAUUGCAUUGGUAACCUCCACUGAGGCCAUUGACAGAGCUCGAUGUCUUGCGCUUCUCAAGGAGAUCACGUUCCUCAACAGCGAGAUCGUUUCCUUGGGCACGGUCCUUUUACAAGAGUACCUCACGCCACUUUCCACGGAGGGCACUGCUCGGUCCGUUUGCUGCGAAAUCGAGAGCCUUAUUGUCAGGUUGAAAGGGAUCGACCUUGGACACUCUGGCGAUCAGGAACAGGACCAAACCCACGAAAACUUUUCUCGCUGGUUGGACCGUUGCAAGGGUUUGGUCAAGGACGUCGUGCGGUGUACAGUAGACUUACGAGGAUUCAUCGACAUUGCGAUUCAGCACGAGUGUCUCAUGACGGACGCGACCUUGGUGGCUGGUGCAGAUUGGAUGAUGGAGAAGAGGACGAGGGAGUGCUCAUUUUCUCAGCUGAUGGCGACGAUGGCGACCUCAUUUCUGGCUAUUCUAGAGGACUGGUGGACGAAUAUGGCGCCGGUACUGCUGGAGAGUAACCCGGAUAUGAGACAAUCAGGAUUCAAUGGCAUGGACUUUAUCGAUGAGGAGCGAUCCAGCGAACACGACGCACCGCAAUAUUCCACCAAGAGACGAUCUAGUAGCUUCCGACUACUCAAUGGGCAGUCGGCAAAACGGCGCCCAUCCCUGCGAUCGACUCUCUCAAAUGCAUCGUCAACAAGCUCUACAACAGGACGUCUAGGUCGAUCCUCCGCAAAACAUCCGCUGGAGGACUUUCCUCGGGUCAAGACCUACAAUGCAGUCUUUUGGGAUCAGUUGGUCAACCUAGGAUGGCUGGUUCAGAUCGAAAGUCUGCUUUCGACACAGGGGAACGAGCUUGGGAUGCUUCUGGAUUAUGUUCAAGCGGUCGCGGACUUGCGGGAGAAUGUCACUAUCGGUUUCCACAUGCUCCCCCAGUCACCACCGAUAUUGUCGACGGAACACAGCUCUACUUGGGGGGCAACGAGGACAGCGGAUGUGGAGGAAGCUGAAGAUACAACUAUUCAAAUAUCGGGUCGGCGCGGUCGCAUCACGUUGAGUUUCGGAUUGGACCCGCUACAGUUCUCACUGCUUCCAGAGCCGCUGAAGGCAGGCACCUCCAAAAUACAUGUCUACCCAGUCUUCUUCUCCCAAGGCAUCAACGAAAUGCAAACCUUGUCCAACCUGACAGGACGGUCACCACUUCAGCAAUCGAUCAACGAGGAAGGUCUCCGGUACAUGCAACACUACGUCACCCGCUAUCAAGCCUGGCAGUCCCAGUCCCAGGAGGCGGCCCCUCAAGGUUACGAUCGAGCAAAGGCGAACACCUCUGGUCGUCACACCAUCCGGAGGGGUCUGGCAGGUCUCUCGUCAGCAUCUCAGUUGUCCAAUCUUGAUUCUGACUGGGACAUGGUGUCGCCAUCAAGAGCAGAGCUUUGGGAUGGCGAGUCUCUGGUGGCGCAACUCUUGGACCAGCUGGAGAGGUCGGUCUUGGGGCACUCUGACGAAACAAGAUCAGCACCCACCUCAGGAAUCUCUGCUAUGUCGCCGCCAGAGUCAUCCGACGUGCAGCUCUCAUACCCGUCGCAGAGUACACUGAACGCUCUGGAGUCAAGGACGUUGGAGGAAACGGAGUCUGGGGCCUCAUCGGGAAUCUUGGGCUCUAUGAUGGAGUAUGGGUCGUCGCGCCUCUUCAGUUCCAAGGGGCACAAGAACACGGAUAUCCUGGAGUGCGCCGAGGCCCUCACGCGAGCCCUUGGUCAGAUCAAGAUGCCAAUUGCUCUACAUACAGAGAGUUCAAAGUUUCGUGCAUCUACAAAUCAUUGGACCGCAUCAAACCAUGAAAGUUGUGGAGUUGGCGUUGCUUUCGAGGAGGAGAUACCGGAUACUGCAGAGGCAUUCACCGCUUUGCCGUUGUCGUCCUUGUGGGUGACAAGUCAUGUCGUCUCGUGCAAGAGCGCCAAGGACAGAACCUCAAUGUCCAUUACCCUUUCCCAGGUGAACAUCCUCCGUGCGUGCCAUGGUCUAGAGGUCAGCAACGCAGAGCAGCGAGGUGGCGAUUGGAAGGCGAUCUUGGAUGCUAUGCGGAGCGAGAUUGGGGUGCGGAUCAAGAACGUGGAGAGAAACCUAAAGCUUGGAGCGUUUGCCAAAGACCUCCUCUGGAUCUCAGCAUUUGGAUCACCAGAGCCCCAACAGCAAGCCGGGUCAGCGUUUGGUUCCACCUCUUCAACUCGGCAAGAGUCUCACCCUCCCCAGGACAUGUCCGAUGCCCUCACCUAUGUCCGCUCGUUGAUCCCCAAUUCUUCUCAGUCGUCUCUGCCAACAAGCUCUUCAAUCCAAGGUGGAAUGGCAACAGGCCAUGGUCACGACAUGGCUGAACAAAGCUCCAUCAACACCAGGCAAGACUCUGUUAUACUCUCUGAAGGGAACGUCCACCAGGAGAGCCGGGAUGACGACAGUAACGGCGAGCUGGAGUCUAGCGAUGACGGAAUAUUGGUGGAGGAGGAGUCAAGCUCGAGCGAUUCACCGGCGCAGUCUGGUACUUUGGGACCUCAGCUGCCUCCGAUGAAACUCAUGCGGUCCUCCACAGGGCCAGCACUUGCCCCCGUCGUCACACUGGGCAAUGAUCCAAGCCAGGCCGAAGGUGGUCGUCGAUCGGCGCUCCAUUUAUAUGAUAGCCAAAAUAACCAUACCUUGCCUACCAGCAUCCCUAUCUCGCAUCUACCUAGGCCAGCAAACCAUGCCAAUGAAGGCUACCAGUCAUUUCCUGGAUCAUUCGACGAGCCUGUGCUAGCAGUUCGAUUGGCGCGAUCCCUUGGCUUGGAUUCUCUAGGCGCUUCUUCGACUCACCAGUGCUCUUCGAACGAGCCAUCAAUCCAGACGGCCGCUGUACACAGCCCCACCCUCCCACAUGCACGAGUAGCAAUAAGGAUGCAUCAAUCCACUCCUUCAUGGUCAUCGCAGCAGUCCGCAUACUAUCAGCAACAGCUCACUACAUCAACGGCUGCCACCCAGAACAAGAACCCACCAUUCGUCAAGCGACUUUCAGCUCUGGGACUAGGAUUAGGUGUCUCCUCUGGGACAUCGGCCUCACAACAUCGUCACCAAGCCAGUGAUGACUAUGGAGGACUUCAAGUUUCAGGAUUGCACGAUGCCCCCAGCAGCAACAGUGACAGCCAAUGUCCGGCUUCGUUCGGCUCUCCAGCACCGUCAACUGCGACCGAGACUAGUCACGCUGUUCCCCUGGCCAAGCGAGGAAAGUUUGCAUUUAACAAAUACCAGCUCAAGUUCCUCCCUGAAGCGUAUCGUCCACCACCAAGGAUGGCCACUGGCGUGUUCGAGACAUAA